CCUCCGGGCUGCCUGCUUCCCGGUGGUCUGGAAUAGAUUUCGAGAUCCUUAACUUUGCCAUCCACGGCAGGCGCGCGCGCGCUAGCGAGCGAGCGGAGCCCGCACUGACUGUAUUGGAUGGUUCUCCGGCGACUUUGGGGUUAUGGGAACGAGGAAUUGGGUUUGAACUUUUAAGGAGGGCUUGGUUAAGAGUUCAAAACAAUACGAAGCAACUUUCACAGGCUAUUUACAAGUUUGCUCUGUCUUCGGGGAUUCUUGCAAGGAGUCAGGGCAAUGGAAAGGUAUUAACGGGAACAUCCAUAGUAGGGCAAAAACUUUCACAAUGAAAUCCGAAGCCAAAGAUGGAGAGGAGGAGAGUCUACAAACUGCCUUCAAGAAAUUAAGAGUGGAUGCAUCAGGGUCUGUCAUAUCACUGUCUGUGGGAGAAGGCACGAGUGUCAGAGCAUCAGUCAGAACAGCAGUCGAGGAUUCCAAACCCAAAACCGCGUGCGCAUCUAAAGACAGUUGGCAUGGGUCUACUAGAAAAUCUUCACGAGGAGCAGUGAGAACCCAACGUCGACGGCGUUCUAAGUCUCCCGUCCUUCAUCCUCCAAAAUUCAUCCAUUGCAGUACAAUAGCAUCUUCAUCCAACAGUCAGCUCAAGCACAGAAGCCAGACUGAGCCUCUCGAUGGCAGCAGUGCGCUGGGAAUUUCAACCCCACAAGAGUUCAGUGCAGGAGAAAGCACUUCUUCUCUCGACACGAAUCACACAGGGCCAGUCACUGAGCCUUUGAGACCUUCCGUUCCAAGGCUUCCAUCGGAGAACAAAACAGAAGACUCCUGUGAUGCUACCCAAGUCUCCCAAGCAAGUCUUAAGGCCAACGAUCUCUCUGACUUUGGCUCUGUUUCCAAGCUAAGCCAGGGCAAGCCAUGUGCAUGUGUAGGCAAAGAGUGCCAGUGUAAGAGGUGGCAUGAUAUGGAAGUGUAUUCCUUUUCAGGUCUGCAGAGUGUCCCUCCCCUGGCCCCAGAACGGAGAUCACUUGAGGACUACUCUCAGUCACUGCACUCCAGAACUCUGUCCGGCUCUCCCCGCUCCUGCUCUGAGCAAGCUCGAGUCUAUGUGGAUGAUGUGACCAUUGAGGACCUAUCAGGCUACAUGGAGUAUUACUUAUAUAUCCCCAAGAAGAUGUCCCACAUGGCAGAGAUGAUGUACACCUGAUAGCAAGAGGCUCAGUCAUUCGUGUGCUUUAGACCAAUGAAGGGUUGUCAGAAGUUUAGUUAAUGGCAGAGACCUGGUGACCACUUUGUGUGAGAAGACAUCUCUUUCUGCUCACUGUGCUUGCAAUAAAAACUUUUCUUGGCAUCUCAGUUAAUCUUCAUUCUUUGAGUUUACUGAGUUCUUAUGUACCUGUCAAGCAGGUCAAAUAAAAUCUCUCUAGAAAUGUUCCUGAGGGACGAAGAAACCAUAAUUACUUGAGACUGGCAGCAGAGGCCAUAGAGUGAAACCCUUUGUAAAACAGCAUUUGUUCAGACCUGCUUAAGAUUUGGCAGCCAAGGAAAACUCAAAUGUAGUUUUGUAACUGAACUGAACACUUGUCAUGUUGUAGAUUCCAGCCCAGAAAAUUAGAUAUUAUAAGACUGAUUUAAAUUGUUUGAAUUAACACAAGAUUUGUGUCAUUGAAGAUUUUUUUGUUUUUGUUGAGCCAGAGAUUGAAGAUUUAGAUUGAUUUGAAUAAACUAGGUGGCCUGCCUUA